AAAAUGUUCUGUUUCCUGUUGUGCCUCCUUCAUAACGGCUGAGACCAGGGUCAGGGCUGGAAGGAUGGACUCUGUGCUGUUGCUGCUGUCGCUGUGGGCUCUGGCUGGCUCUGUUCCUCUGCAGACUGCAGUCGAGGCAUCUGAGGCGUGUCCAGAGAGGCUGCUGGGUAACGAGCGGAGAAGGACGUGUCCAAAACCCUGUACACAGGACAAGGACUGUGGCAACAAGCGCCAGUGCCUGUGUGACGGCCAGUGUGGCCUCAGCUGUGUGGCUCCAGGUCGUACUUGUCCCUGGCCCCUGCCCUCCGGGAACAACUUUGUUGCUUCCCUCCUCUCUCCCACUCCCUCCUUCUCUGCCCUCCUCGAGGUGCGUUGUGACCCAGGCUACAUGUUGCCCAACGGCUUGGAUGCAGCCAUCCGUCGUUGCCAAGGCGACCGACAAUGGAGCAGUGAUGAUCCCAACUGCACAGCCCCCACUUCCCCCCAGGUCUCAUGUCCUUUACCUAAGGAGGUGACUGACACCUUCAGCGUCCAUGGAUCCGCAGUCGCUGGAACAACCAUCCGCUACACCUGUCUGUCUGGGGAGCUGGUGGGAAACAGUGAGAAUCUCUGUAAUAUUGACCAGACCUGGCAGUACCCUCACCCCAUCUGUCAAAGGGUGUGGUGCCCGCCCCCCCAGGAGGUGAACCAGGGGUACCUGGUGGCGGUACAGAGGACUGAGUACGAUGUGGGCGAUGCCAUUUAUUACCUCUGUAAGAAGAACCACCUGCUGGAUGGACCCAACCGGGUCACCUGCCAGUCCAACGGCACCUGGAGCGCAGUGCCCUACUGCCGAGCGCGCUGUCCAAUCCCAGCGGAGCGGAGCCGUGUUCUGAUUGGUGGGCUGAAGCGUUGGCCCUAUGACGUGACAGACUCGGUGGUUCCUCACGGGGAGAGCGUGACAUUCUACUGUAAACACUCAAGGAAGCAGUGCAGCUUCCCGUACACACAGACCUGCUUCGACGGCAGGCUCAACCCCCCCUUCUGCUACCUGGAACCCACCUGGCUGCAGUACAAACUGUUCCCUCAUCGGCUGGUGUCGGAGAUCGAAACCUGCUCCCUUGCAGACCUGGAGUAAUACCCCAACAGCCCUAUCCCUAUCGCCUGUCCCCCUCUCUCUCAGCCUGUACCAAUGAUAGGCUCUACAUGUCUUAAUAAUACGUGUGUUCAUGAUAAUACAUGCAUUAAUACAGAAGUAAAAUAUAGUCAUAAUAAUCAUUCAUAUAGUUCAAAUGCACAGGAGGUUGGUGGCACCUUAAUUGGGGAGAACAAGCUCAUGUUAAUGACUGGAGCGGAUAGGUGGAAUGGUAUCAAAUACAUCAAACACAUGGUUUCCAUUCGAUGCCAUUUCAUUUGCACUGUUCCAGACAUUAUUAUGAGCCGUCCUCCCCUCAGCAGCCUCCUGUGUUCAAAUGUUCACUUCAUGUGUUGUUAUGGUGUGACUCUGACUCCUCCCACUGUGGGAUCUGACUGACCUUACCUGUUGUUUUGUUUUUACAUAGUGUGUCCCUGCCCCAAGGUGGCCCUCAGGAUACUCCUCCUCCUUAUGUUGUUGACACACCAAGCUCUGAGGCUUGGAAGUUCUAUUGAUGUGAAGGUUUGAAAUAAAAACAACGUUUUUUUGUGAUGUAA